CUCUCACCUUCAUCACUCUCAUUUCUUCCUUACUGAAAUCAAUCUCUAUCCCUUUGACUUACCAUGGACGUGAAUUCAUCCUCUAGAAUUCGAAGCUCUUCUACAGUCGACCCUCCUGAUUUCGGUAUUUUCAUUAAUGACAGAAAGUUUUCCGAUUGCGUGCUCCGAAUUGAGAUUGUAGCCGAUAUUCCGGAUGAAGAUGAUCGCAGCUACUUAAUCUCUUGGGCCCGCAACGCAAAGAAGAACAGGGACGAAAUAGAGAAGAAAAAUGCUCUGGUUGCUGCUAUUUGCCAUGAAGAUUGUAACUAUCAUCCACCAGAACGGAGCAUAGACGUUGAUGAUGAUGACGAUGAUGAUGAUGAGGAUCCGCCUGAAGUUAGGAAAACUAAUCUACAUGCCGUUGAAGUAGCUAGCAUUGUUGAAUCAAAUUCAAACGGUUCCUCUAUUCUUCAAGUGAAGAAUAUACAUAUUAGUUCCAUCAUUUUAGCUGAAAAGAGUACUCAUUUUUAUGAGCUUUUCUCAAAUGAGGCAAGGGGUUCUGAGGAGAGACAAGUAACUCUAAGAAUCCAUGCAUCAGAAGAAACUGCCUUAAUGGACCUUUUGGGAUUUAUGUAUAGCAAUACUCUGUCAACAAGUUCAGUUUCUGGCUUCCUAGAUGUGUUAAUGGUUGCUGAUAAAUUCAAAGCUCCUUCCUGCGUGAAAUACUGUAGCAGAUUGCUGCAGAGAUUGCCUAUAACGUGUGUGUAUGCCUUGGUGUAUCUUGAUCUUCCUUCAAUUGUUGGGAUGGUUGCAGCAGUUCAGCCUCUCGUCUUUGCAGCUACUCAGUAUUUUACUUGUCGCUAUAACAACUUUAUGAAAUAUAAAAAAGAUUUGUUGAAACUGCCUUGCGCUGUUAUUGAGGUGGUUCUUUCUUGCGACGAUCUCGAGGUGGAUUCCGAGGAUGAUAUUUACGAUUUCGUACUUGAAUGGGUGAAUCUGCAUCACCCAAUAUCGGACGAACGUCGUUCCAUCUUGACAACGAAGCUGAGUGAACACGUACGCUUCCCAUUCAUGUCAUGCAAAAAACUGAGGGAAGUUCUAUCUUGUGGCGAUUUUGAUUCGCUAGUUUCUUCCAAGCUUGUCCUCGGUGCUCUCCUUUUCAAGGUUGACCCGUCGUACAGACAUCAUGCCCUAACAACUGGCAUUCCCAUAGUUGGAAGGGACUAUAAAUAUAUUCCGAUCACGGUGGUGGAGUUUCAAUCGCCCCGCGAACAAGUUACUGUUUACUUUAACCUGAAACGGGAGGAUUGCACUCGGCGUUUCCCACUUCACCGAAUUUAUUCGCAGUCUUUUGACCUUGCUGGUCAAAGCUUCUUCCUGUCUGCUCACUGGACUCAUAAUGAUGCACAUGAUUUUCGCAGCUUUGGGCUGUUCUUGGGGAUGCAUGACGAUAAAUCCUUGUCGUAUGUUUCGGUGGAUUACCAGUUUUUCGCUAAGAUCAAACCAAGUGAAGAAUUUACAAUAAGAUAUGGAGGGAGCUAUAACUUUUCAGGAGGAAAGACGGUUGGUUGUAUAAACAUGUCUGGCCUGCCUUGGACGUUAUUUCUUGAUGAAGAAAGCAAUUUCUUUAUCAACGACGUCCUCCACUUGAGGGUCGAUCUUGUGCUACUGCAUCCAACAAGAUUCAAGUUGACAUCUAAUGGAAAUUUUAUGAGCUGUUGUUUACUUGAUGAUGUCGUACAAGAGAUUUUGAAAUAUCCCUACUAUCUAAAGAUUGGAUUGAGCUGGUAGAACUAUACCAGGGUACUUGUAAAUCACACUGUUGCUGAUAGUGAAGGAUAUUCCGAAGCAAAAUGAGCUGGAGGAGGAUGAUCUCACAUAAAAGUUGAGUUUGCAUAUUGCUAAAUACUUGUUAGAUUUUUUUUUACUGAUGUUGAUGAUGAUUUGGUACUAAUUGAAUCUGAUUAACUCUUGUCUUCAUUUUUUUAAACUCAAUUUCUCACAAGGAACAAAAUAAGGAGGAGAUCGUCUCAAAGAGCGCUGAUACUUGGAAGGGAAAGAUAGCUAAAUCCUAGUUGAUCUAAAGCACCAAUCAAGAAUUCUCAUCUCAAAGUUGUUCUUAGCUUUCAAAGAACUUGACCUUGAGUUGUUGGGAACCAAGAGAUAGGGAAAUCCAAUGUUUGGUUGAUUGCUUUACUGUCAUUGUAUUUGUUGGUUGGUGUAACUAAUUUGAAGUUUAGAUUUUCUUGUUCAGUCCAAUAUUUAAUUCUUUGGUCAUCAUAGUAAUUUUAUACUUUUACUAAAAAAUGUACUUGGUUACCUUAUUUCCUUAUAAAUUUGUAAUAUCUUUGACUGAUUUUUAUUAUGAUAUUUUUUAUUAUGAAAAGAGAAAAAAGAAAAGGAAACAUUAGACUUUA